AUGGGCUUCACAACUGGCUUUACCGGCGGUGUGACUGUCACCCUCGGCAUCGCCUACCUGACUGUGCUCGCCCACCAGCGAAACCGCGAGAGACAAGCCGACAUUCUGCGUGCCCAGACAUACGUACUGAACAACCUUGCCCAGGGGCCCGCCUCGAAUAUACCACUCCCGCCGCCAUCGCGCUCUGAGCAAGCGGCGCUGGCUCGCGCGAACUUCGUCGAAACCGCCAAGGACAGGUGGAAUGCCGAAAUAGAGGGAGCUGUGCGUUGGGCACAGACAAAGGACUGGGAUGAGGUGCGCGACGAGGCGGAAGGUGCCCUGAGUAGGCUGUGGUCAACCGCCUUCGGCGCAAGCCCUAGCCAGAGCGCUGAAAAUGCCGCCGAGAGAGUCAAGGCGGCUGCUGUCAGCCGCGCAAGGGAGACAAAGGAGGCAGCCAGCGGCACGGCGGGCAGUGUGUCUGCUGCUGCCAAGAGUGCGCUGGAAGAGACCAAGGUCAGAGGGGCUAAGGCUGUGACUUCAGCAGAGGGGAAGACGCAAGAGGUGGCAGCAGAAGCCAAAGGAGCGGCGACAAGCGCUUUCCAAAGAGGACUUCAAAAAGGCAAGGAGAUAGUUGGCAAGGCAAAGGCGGCUGUUGGUGUUGCCGAGGAGAAGUUGGAGUCAAGAGCUGACGCGGCCAUUUUCCAUAUGUCUGAUGUUGAGAAGGCACUACAACAACGAUACGAGAAGUCGGACGACGUCAUGAAGAAGAGCAUUGACGAGCUUCUCGAUGAGAGAUAUACGCCGAUUGAUAAACGAGACAACACAAAGCUCAGGGGCAUCUAA